AUGCUGGUUGGCGAAUUUCUGGAGCCGACUUUUAUAUCACCGACUUAUCUCACAGGCCAUCCGCAAAUCAUGUCACCGCUGGCCAAAUGGCAUCGCUCAAUACCGGGCCUAACGGAACGUUUCGAGCUGUUCGCAGCAACAAAGGAAAUCGUCAACGCUUAUACAGAGUUAAAUGAUCCAAUAACUCAACGACUUCGUUUUGAGGAACAGGCCAAGGUUGCCCUGGAACUUUCUUUUGUUAUUCACUUUUGCUUUGUAAAAUUAAAUUACAUAUUUCCAAUUCAUGCACUUCAUUUUGUUGCCAGUAUGUAGAA